AUGGGGGAAUGGACCAUUUUGGAGAGGCUGCUGGAGGCGGCUGUCCAGCAGCACUCUACCAUGAUCGGAAGGAUCCUGCUGACGGUGGUGGUGAUUUUCCGUAUUCUAAUAGUAGGCAUAGUGGGCGAGAAGGUGUACGAGGAUGAGCAAAUCAUGUUCAUCUGUAACACCAUGCAGCCCGGCUGCAACCAGGCCUGUUAUGACAAGGCCUUUCCCAUCUCGCACAUCCGCUACUGGGUCUUUCAGAUCAUCUUGGUGUGCACGCCGAGCCUGUGCUUUAUCACAUAUUCUGUUCACCAGUCUGCCAAAGCACGUGACCGAAGCUACUCUCUCCUGCAUCCUUACAUGGAUCACCAUGGUCACGGUCACCACGGUCGCCAUCAUGACCAUCACGCUCGCAAGCUCCACUCUCGCAACAUCAACGGCAUCCUGGUGCACCCUGACAGCAGUAAGGAGGAUCACGACUGCCUGGAGGUAAAGGAGAUCCCCAACGGACCCCGGGGACUCCCUCAAACACACAAGAGCGCAAAAGUGCGACGGCAGGAAGGCAUAUCCCGCUUCUACGUCAUCCAGGUGGUGUUCCGCAACGCGCUGGAGAUCGGCUUCCUGGCCGGGCAGUACUUCCUGUACGGCUUCAACGUGCCAGGGAUGUUUGAGUGUGACCGCUACCCAUGUGUGAAGGAAGUGGAGUGUUAUGUGUCUCGUCCCACAGAAAAGACCGUGUUUCUGGUCUUUAUGUUUGCAGUGAGUGGCAUAUGUGUGCUGCUCAACCUGGCUGAGCUCAACCACCUUGGCUGGAGGAAGAUAAAGACGGCCAUCCGAGGGGUGCAGGCCCGAAGGAAGUCCAUCUGCGAAGUGCGCAAGAAGGAUGUUUCACACCUGUCCCAGGCCCCAAACCUGGGCAGGACCCAGUCCAGUGAGUCAGCCUACGUCUGA